AUGUAUGAUCAAUUGCAUUACUUGUUAGCUUCUGGUAGCACGAACUACUUGGAUGACUACAUUGCCAAAAAACCAGAUAAGGUAUUACCAGCAACUGAAGAAGCUAAACAUUUUGAAGCAUACAUUGCAAAUCCUCGAAAAGCACAUUUUGAAUUGGGAGAAGACAAUGUCAAUUAUUAAUCUAUUGCAAAAUUAUCAUUUAAUCCAAAAGAAUCAUAAAAAGCACAACUGUCUGAAGAAACCUAGAAGGAUCUACGCAGUCAUCAUUUUAAAUUGGGAUUCCAUAGUGUGCCUAGUGAGACUGAAUACUAAUAAUAUAAGAAUUAACCGUUGGAUAUUCAAAAAAAACAAUAAGUAAAUAUUCGUAAACAUCAUCAUGAUUUUGGAGAUCUGAAAACUUACUUUACUACUACAUAUCAAGAUACAAACAAAGAAUAUAAAGUUGAAAAAGAAGAAUAUCAUGCUCCUGAUAUCCGUAAGACUAACAUCACUAUUGGGAAUAAUCCAAUAGAUUACACUACCAAUUACAUUCGAUAUCAUGAUGGAUAAUAGAAUCCGAAAAUCAAUGUUAAAGGAAAUCUGGAGAAAUUUCUCAAAGAAUCUCAUCUUGUCUUGGGUGAAGAUCCUACAGUCAAGAGUUCACAGAAUAAAGAUGCCUUCUAAGGAUAAUAGAAUAAGGAAGUCAUCAGAGUCAAUAAAGAAGUCUUAUUAGAUUUAAGAACAGCGCAUUUUGAUUUUGCUUAUCAAAAAUCAGAUAUGCCCCAAACAACGAAAUAAUCGAUGUUCUAAAAAACAGCCAUUGCUGUAUCUUAACCAAACUUACCAACCAGUUCAUUGACUAUAGGUACACAUGGAUUCUUGAAUGAUCGAUAUUAUCAAACUAGUUAUGGAACCAAUUACGUCAAUCCAAAUACUCAAAAACCUGAGCUUGCCAAAGAUCCUAGAAUCUCAGCUAUCAAAUUUGGAGAUGAACAAGUAGAAUACAAUACUGAAAACAAUAGAAAUUACUAAAUGCCAGAAAAAGUGGAUUAAUUUAAAUUGGAUAAAAAUCAAAUUAGGGAUUUAAGGAAGCACCAUUUCCAAUUGGGAACUGACCCUAUAGAAUACCCUCAAAAAAUAAGUCAAAUUACUCCAAAUCCUAAUACUUUGAGUGAAGAACAACUCAAAGAUUUAAGAAGAUAGCAUUUCGUUUAUGGCAGUUAGUUAGGCACCUAUGAUACUCAUAAUUCGUAAUAUGGAACCAAACAGGGUUCACCUAAUAAGUUGGACCCUCAAUUACAAAAGGAUUUGAGAAUGCACCAUUUCGAAGAGGAUGGAGAAAGAGUGUUUUAAACUUCCUACAAUGCUAUGAAUAAUGAUUAAUUAUGA